AGUCAUCACAUGUGUACCUCUCAUCAGCCAUGGCUUGAGAUACCUCUCAUCAGAAGCCAACGGUAGCCGAACUACGGACCCUGCGUCCCCCUGAAGCCGGUUUCGGGCUCCGUCACUCUGACGCUUCUGCGAGGUUUACACAAUUUCGUUUAGUGUCUCGCUUUUGGCCGUUUAAAAACCACAACGAUGAAAAUCAGAGCAUCGCAAGUUCCGCGCAGGUCUAUUUCACGUGUCGCAGUAGAGCGCAAACGACCGUUCAGCGUAAGUCAUGGCCAUCCUCCCUCGUCAUCCGUUCACUUUCUCUACCUUUCCGUCAGCCUCAGACGAUAGUCAGGCAAAUCAAGUACGUCAGGCGAACGAUGCUCCUCAACCUCGUCCUUCUAGCCGACUUACUUCGCACCUUAUCGUUCCCCGGCGUUCGAGAACACCCGUUAUCGAAGGACCUGUUAGCGUUCCAGCGUCGAUAGUUGCACCAGCGCGAGGUUCUAGCCGCUCGUUAGGUCACUUGUUAGCGGGGAUGGCGAACGAGCCGGGAAUACAGCCAGGAUCGGCGGUACCUGCCAAGUCAGCAGCGCCAACUACGGGGAUGCCGUCGUCCUCGUCGCCGCCAGUUUCGCCGUACGAGCUCGCGAAAGAGGUGGCGAAAUCGUCGCCGAAGAGUUACAUACGCGGGCAGUGGGGUGUUUUACAAGGAAUCAACGCAAACGCGAAGCAGCGGCCGAAGGGCCCGCUCAUCCCCCUGGUGAAUCGCGACACCCUGCUGGGCCGCCAGGUGCCUCCGCCCUUCCAGUUCGCCAGCCCCGCUGUUUCCGCACGCCACUGCGUCAUCUCCUGCCUCCCCCCGCCUUCCCCUUCCCCUGCGGAAGCCCCUGCGCCCCCACGCGGGGACGGGGUGUCCCCCUCCGCUGGGGUGGCGGAAACAGCAAGUGGUGCGACAGCAGCUGCAGGAAGGGCAGCCGCAGUAGGGACAAGGGGGGGGGUAGCAGCAGGAGCUGAGAGAGAUGGAGAAAGCAGGGAGGCUUUCGUUGUGUUAGUGAAGGACACGAGCUCCAACGGCACGUUCAUCAACGGCGUGCGCCUGCAGAGAAACGGGCCGCCCCAGCAGCUGAAGCAUGGCGAUGUGCUCUCGCUCGUGGGGCUGCCAGAGACAGACGUGGCUCACACGUUUGUCUUCUUGCGCUUGGAGGGAGCACAGAUACCACCUGCUCCUGCAGCUCCUUCUGCCACUGCUGGUGGUGCUGUCAACGGCGUUUCUGCUGCUAGAGGCCCACACUCCCCUGAUCCAGCAGGAAGAUCCCCUGCCAAGUAUGCAGCAGCAGGUGCGGAAAGAGCAGGCGCUGGUGCAGGCAGUGGGGCAGUGGGGGGAGUGAGCGUGAAGAGAGAGCACGGAGAGGCGGCAGCAGGAGGAGGGAUGGCGACAGUGCUGGUGAAGCGCAAGGCCCACGCCUUGGGCUCCAAUCCAAGCCCUGUGGCAGUAGAUCCGAGCCAUGGUCUAGCCACCAGCCCCCUGGCCUCCUCGCUUAAGGGCCAGAUGCUCCCCCCUCCUCCUCGCUUGUCCCCAGCAGCACGGCCUCUGCCCAGCCAUGCACCACCGCACCCAGGAUCAGGAGCAGCAGCAGCUGUAGCAACUGCAGCUGUAGCAGCAGCAGCAGCUGUAGCAGCAGAUCCAGACGAAGGGGGAGCGGCAGUGGGAGGGGUUCCAAAGCGCAGAAGAGGGUCCAAGGGGUCCCUUCACAACUCGCUCUCCCCUUGUAGUACUGGCAAUGCUGUGGCAUCAUCAACUGCCAAUGCUGCAGUGUCAACUCCCGGCAGUGCUGCCCUCGCUCCUGCCACGCCUGCUUCUGUCACGGCUGCGACUGGAGCAGCGUCACCUACGGAAGGGGGCUUACCCGCUGCUGACGUGGCUCUCCCAGCUGCUGACGUGGCGAUCCUUGAGGAGAUGAAGCAGCUGCGGCGGGCCAAUGAGGAGCUCCGGCAGCAGCUGGACGCCGAGGCUGCCAGGAUGGACGAGAUGCUGAGUCAGCGACAGAGGGAGGAGCAGCGGCAUGAGGAGGGUCUGCAGGUUGUGCGGCGGGAGGUGCAGGGGGAGUGGGAGGGGCGGGUGCAGGAGGCGGAGAGGGAGAGAGAGGCGGUUGCCAGGAGACAGGAGCAGGCGGAGGGGGAGGUGGCGAGGCUGCAGGAGGAGCUGACAGGUGUCAGCGAGCGAUUGGUCGUGGAGAGGAAGGCGAGGGCUGAGGCUGAAGCUGCGAAAGCAGGGCUGCAAGUCGAGGUGGAGAGGGCAUGCAGGGAGAGGGAGAGGGAGGCGGAGGAGAGGGUGAGGGAGAGGAGGGAGCUGGAGGCGGAGCGGCUGGCAGCAGUGGAGCGAUUGCAGGCAGCAGCCGCAGCAGAGGCAGCAGCGGCUGCAGAGAGGUCUCAGCGGGCGAUUAAGGAGCUUCAGGAGAGGGCUGCUGCGCUCGUUGCUAAGAACGAGGAGAGGCAGGCAGCGAUCGACUCGCUCUCCGCCAAGCUGGAGGGGGAGCGCGCAGCAGUGGUGGCGGGGCACGAGAGGGCGAGGAGGGCGGAGGGCACGGUGGAGGAGGAGAGGGGCAGGGCGGCGCUGCUGCAGCAGCGAGUGGCGACAGCAGAGGCGGCGCUUGCAGGGAAACAGGGGGAAGUGGGCGAGCUACUGGCCUUGCUGGCAGCCUCGGAGGCCCGAGCCUCUGGCUUGGCAGGGGAGGUUCGGAAGGUGCAGAUGCGGCUGUCAGUGGAGCAGAGGCGGCUGCAGGGCGCGAGGGAGAGGAUUAUGCUGCGGGACGCCCAGAAGCGCGAGUUUGAGAAGACAGCUAACCACAUUGCGAGUCUGCAGGAGCAGAUGGAGCAGGCGCACGAGGAGCAGACGGCGCUGGGGCACUCGCAGCAGCAGCUGCAACAGCAGGUGGUGCGCGCCCAGCUGCAGCAGCAGGCGCAGCAGCAGCGGCAGCAGCAGCUGCAGCAGCAGAUGCUGAGAGCGCACCUGGAGCAGCAGCAGCAGCUGACGCGGAUGUUCCAAGUCCUGCAGGAUGGGGAGGGCGAGGGGAAGAGGGGGGGUGAUGGGGAGAGGAAGGUGGGGAAUGUCGAGGGAAGGGAUCAGGGGGAACUGAAGGGGACGGAGGGGAAGGAGGAAGAAGGGGAGGAGGAUGAGGAGAUGACCCAAGAAGCUGAGACAGGAGACGGAAUGGGAGGGGGAAUGGUUGGGGGAGGGGAUACUUGUCCUUUGGAAGGCGAGACGCUUCCUACUGAAGCUGAUGCACGUGCUGUGGCACAAGGGAGUGUGACUGUAAGGGGUGGAAACGAGGGGGGAAACGAGGCUGCGACAGGGGAGGAGAGGGAGGGCUUGUCGCUUGUAAGGAGGGAGCUCUUUCGGGGGGACGAGGGCGGACGCGAGGGAGGCGAUGGAGAAGCAGGAGAGACGGAGGAAUAUUCGUCAGAUGAGGAAGUGAAUGCAGAGGAGGGUCCAUUGGAAGAGAGAGUAGAGAGAGUAGAGGGACCAGACGCACUAGAAGAGAUGAUGGAGGCUGAGACUCAGGAGUACAGCGGGGGGCGCGGAGGGGUGCUGGGGGAGGGGUUGAUGGAGGGGAUGACGGAUGGGGACGAGGAGGAGAUAGGGGAGGGUGCAGAGGGGGAGGGUAGGUUGGAAAGGGAAGGAGGAAGCGGGAGUGCAGGAGAAGGAAACGAAGAAAGAGAUGUCUUGAGGAUAGAGGGUAGCGCAACAGCAUUGAGUGAAGGGGUGGAGGAGGCCUCACCUGGUGCGAAUGAGAUUUUGGUUAUGAGAGCUGGGAGGUGUGAUGCUGAUGGCGACACACAAUUACGACCAGGAGCAGAGGCAGCUGCAGAGACAGAAACAGAAACGCAAGGGCACACAGACGCACAGGUACACAUAGAAGCUGUAGCACCGGGGCAGGCAGAGACACAGGCGCAGGUCGCGACUCAACUGCUCUCACAGGCGCAGUCUCAAGGGCAGUCACAAGGGCUAUUGCAGUCGCAAGGGCCGCUGCUGUCGCCAGUGCCAGUUGCCUCACAGGUCCAGUUGCAAGGUCAGCUGCCGUCGCAGGGGCAGUCACAGCCGCACUUGCCCCGUGCUUCGCAGGGGCAGUUGGAAUCUCAGUCGCAGCCACACCUGCCCGGUGCAUCGCAGGGGCAGUCGGAAUCUCAGUCGCAGUCCCAGAGGGCCAUGCAGACGCAGGAGCUUCCCCCCACACAGCUGGUCUUGUUGCCUCAUGUGCUAGUGGCACAGCAAGGGCGGGAGCUGCUGCUGGCGGUGCAAGCACAGGAACCGCGGGAAGGGGUUGUGAGGCAGCAGCAGGAGGAACAGGAGCAGGUAUUGCCUAUGGCGCUGGAGAAACAGUAUAAGCAGCAGCAAAGGCAGCAGCGAUCCCCUUCACAGGAGAAUGGGGAGGCUUGCAUAGGAAUACCCGCAGCAGCAGCAGCAGCAGCAGCAGCAGCAGCAGCAGCAGGGGAAAGCCGAGAUGGCAGUAGGGAUGCUAGUGAUAAGGGGGAUGCUGGGAGGGAUGGUGAUGGUGACCGGGAUUCAAUGGAAGGGAGAGGAGGGAGCAAGGAAGGGAUGCAUGAAUGUGGAACCGGGACAGAAACCCCUUCGUUUCAAGAGCUGCCAGAGGGCUCUGAGACCCCCAAUCCUUCACUCCUGCUGGUGGGAGGGCAAGGUCAAGGGGAUGACUCGAUCCCGGCUGGGAUCGAAGAGAUCAGGGCUUCUGAGGGAGACGAAGCUCGUGCUGCUGGUGCUGCUGUGGGCGCUGUGGGCGCUGCUGGGAGGGUUGCGGGUGAUGGGGUGGACAGGGAUGCAGUGGUUGACACGUGGAAACGUGGCGAGGACGUGGUUGAUGGCGGUAUGGGGGACAGUGAUACAAGGGAUGGUUUUGCAGGGCAUGAUGAUGCUGGCGAUGGUGACACGAGGGGUGGUGAUAUGGACCAAGUCAGGGAUGUGGGGAGUGAUUCCAUGGGCGAUGAUGACACGGGGGAUAUGGGGGAUGAUGUGGGGGAUGAUAUGGGGGAUGGGAAUGAGGAUGAAACGGAAAAUGAUGAGGAUGGGCUGCCCACGUCCAAUGGGGGGGGGUCAGGAAAUGGCCCUCAGAACGGAAUGCGCAACACAUCGGCGUUCACUCCAUCUGAUGGUGAUGGUGGGAGGCAGGACGAGACUGGUGGCUUGCAUGGUUGGCGCGCCGAUGGUGAUGGCGGGAGACAGGGAGGGCAGCAGCUGGAGGGGAGAGGCUGUGCUGGUGACGCUGGGGAAUGGGAAGACGGAAGGAGAACUGCUGGGGGCACUGGAGAGGAGGCGAAGGAAGGUGAUGGGGUUGGUGAGGCUGAUGAGGCUGAUGGGAUUGGUGCGUUGGACGGGAAAGAGGAGACGAGGGAGGGUGCAGAAACGGGCAAGGGAGGGGGGUGCGUGGGUGUGCUGCAGGAGGGGGAUGCAGCGGAGGGAUGCGCGCAUGUGGGGCAAGGGAGUGAGAAGGGCGACAGUCCAGCGGACGAGAUAGAGGGGGAUGUGGUGGCAACGUGGGGGGUGCCGUACGUGCUGCAUGAGUACCGGCGGAGGAGGAAGAGGAGGCUGAGUGGGGGGGAUGGGGUGGAGGGGGGGAGGAGGAAGGAAGCGAGAGAGGUGGGGAGUGAAAAGGGGAGGUGGAGGUCUGCUGGUGGUAGAGGUAAUGUUUCACCCUGUGCGGCGGAGAGCAGCCAGGAAGCGAAUUCAUGGUGAUUUUCUGUGUGUAUCUUUCCUUGCCAUUGGAUGGGUUACCUAGAUGCACGUGGCUCCUCUCAUGGAGAGCGUGUACACAAGCGUGCUUCUUGAAGCCAAAUGUGUCACAAGAUCUCCCCUGACUGGUACCGUACCAUAGGUACAGUUGCAGUGUCCU